AUGGGCUUCUCUCUUCGCCCGCCAAAGACCACGCAAAAGGUCGUGCCCGUCAAGCCGCCAAAGGGCCAUUUUUUCUUUGCUGGUCGUGCUUUUGAGCGCCUGCCAUGGUGGAAGCGACCCAAUCUGCGUAGACUUUACAUCUACAUUGUCAUUCUUAUCUUGACUAACACGGCUAAUGGGUUCGACGGGAGUAUGAUGAAUGGUCUCCAAUCGCUUUCCUACUGGCAGGACUACUUUGGUGCACCCCGUGGUGCCAUGCUUGGUUUCUUCAACGCAUCGAUGUCUCUUGGUUCACUCAUCGGACUGUUCUUCACGCCUUACCUUAUCGAUUGGAAGGGCAGGAAGAUUGGUGUCAUGAUUGGGUGUGCAAUCAUGCUGUGCGCUGUUGGACUGCAGACAGGAGCACAGGACAUUGGCAUGUUCAUCGCUGCUAGACUGAUCCUUGGGUUUGGAGAUACCAUUGUGCUGGGCUCUGCUCCGCUGCUUAUUGCGGAGAUUGCUCAUCCCCAGGAUCGCGCUGUUUUGGUCACCCUAUCAGGUGCAAGCUACCAUUCUGGGGCUUUUAUUGCGUCUUGGGUUACUUAUGGGACACUUCAGAUUCAGAGUGACUGGUCAUGGCGCCUGCCCUCACUUCUCCAAGCAAUCUGCUCCCUAAUCAUCAUCGCCUUCGUACCCUUCAUGCCCGAAUCCCCUCGUUGGCUAUGCAACAAAGACCGCCACGAAGAGGCUCUCGCCGUCUUCUCCAAAUGGCACGGUGAAGGAGACGAGAACGACGAGUUCGUCCAACUCGAAUACGCCGAAGUCCGCGCAGCCAUCGACUUGGACAAGCAGCAAAACGCCACCAGCUGGUCCGACUUCCUCAAAACCAAGGGCAACCGCAAGCGAAUCACCAUCAUCACCGCCAUCGGCUUCUUCAGCCAGUGGAGCGGCAACGGCUUGAUUUCCUAUUACCUCAAGUACGUCAUGGACAACGUCGGCCUGACAGAUCCCCACACGCAACUCGGCAUCAAUGGCGGCAUGAAAACCCUCGCCCUGUGCGAAAACUUCCUCUUCGCCUUUCUCGUCGACAAACUCGGUCGUCGCCCCAUCUAUCUCAUCUCUACAAUCGGAACUUUUGUCAUGUUCAACAUCUUUACUAUUAUUUCCGCGCGCUACGACGCAGCUCCUCGUGCCCCUCUCGGUAAAGGCUUCAUAGUUAGCAUCUUCUUCUACGGCAUCUUCUACGACAUCAAAUCCGGCAUAAUGGCCGGCUACACCACUGAAAUCCUGCCGUACGGCCUCCGCGCCAAAGGCUUCACCUGGCUCAACUUUUGCGUCACCGCCGCCCUCUUCUUCAACCAGUUCGUCAACGGCAUCGCGCUCGACGCUAUCCAGUGGCGCUACUACAUUUGCUAUUGCGUUUUUCUCGCCUUUGAGAUUGGCGUGAUUUACUUUUGUAUUGUGGAGACGAGGUAUACGCCUAUGGAGGAGAUUGCAAAGUUCUUUGAUGGCGAGGAGGCGGUGGAUGUAGGGGAGGCGGCGUUGGCGGAUGUGAAGGAGAGGGGGGUGGGAGGGGAGAAGAAUGUGACGGUGGAGCGGAUUGAGCAGGUGACGAAGUAG